UUUAUGAGUCUUUUUGCUGAUUGGCUGAGGUUGCUGCCGGAAAGGCCCCAGCCGGAGAUGGAAGAGAAGAGGCGUUCUGUAGGGCUGGGUUGAAAGCCUCCUCCCUCAAAUAGCAUCGGCUUGACCCCCAGCCCAGGGGGCACCUAGCCAGCGGUUGUCCUCCCUUACCCUAGCAUUGCAUGUACUCGGUAUUAACCGAGACGCGGAGAACGGGUCACGCUCGGGGGUCAGGGAGGAGAGUGACCAGUCCUGGGCCGUCCCCGCAUACCCUGCGACCAGAACUCCAGCCCUAGGGAGUGGGCAGGGCUUCUUGCCGCGCCUCACUCUCUGCUUUUCGCCUCCUUCAGCGUUGUCUGCUAGCUGGUUUUCCUGCUCUCUCUCCCAGGAGACGAACGCUUGAGCCUGAGAUGGCAGCCACCCUGCUCAUGGCAGGGUCCCAGAUCAGACUUAAUGCCAUUGCCUUCUCGACAUUUCUAACCAUGUCUCUAAUUACAAGAAGAAAAACUGGUACUAAACACCUAGAUACUAAGUAGUGAGGAAGCAUUGUGUGAUUUCAGGCCCCUGUGACAUUUGAAGAUAUGGCCAUGUACCUCACUCGGGAAGAAUGGAGACCUCUGGAUCCUACACAAAGAGACCUUUACAGGGACGUGAUGCAGGAGAAUUAUGGAAAUGUUGUCUCUCUGGAUUUUGAGAUCAGGAGCGAGAAUGAAGCAAACUCGAAACACGAGCUUAGUGAAGAUGUAGAAUUUGUGACCAUGUCGGAAGAGCCUGUCGGGGGUGCUGAGAAGAAUCCUGAAAGUGAAGAGGCCUUUGAAAGUGGGGACAGGUCGGAAAGACCGUGGGAAGACCUGACAGCCGAGGAGUGGGUCAGCUACCCUCUCCAGCAAGUCACUGACCUGCUGGUGCACAAAGAGGGCCACGCAGGCAUCCGCUAUCACAUAUGUUCCCAGUGUGGGAAGGCCUUCAGCCAGCUCUCCGACCUCAAUCGGCACCAGAAAACCCACGCGGGAGACAGGCCCUUCAAGUGUUACGAAUGUGGGAAGGGCUUCAGCCGCAGCUCCCACCUGAUCCAGCACCAGCGCACCCACACUGGCGAGCGGCCCUACGACUGCAGCGAGUGCGGGAAAAGCUUUGGGAGGAGCUCCCACCUCAUCCAGCACCAGACCAUCCACACCGGCGAGAAGCCUCACAAGUGUAACGAGUGUGGGAAGAGCUUCUGCCGCCUCUCCCACCUCAUCCAGCACCAGCGGACCCACAGCGGCGAGAAGCCGUACGAGUGUGAGGAGUGCGGGAAGAGCUUCAGCCGCAGCUCCCACCUGGCCCAGCACCAGAGGACGCACACGGGCGAGAAGCCGUACGAGUGCAACGAGUGCGGCCGAGGCUUCAGUGAGCGAUCGGACCUCAUCAAGCACUACCGCGUCCACACCGGGGAGCGGCCCUACAAGUGCGGCGAGUGCGGGAAGAACUUCAGCCAGAACUCGGACCUCGUGCGCCAUCGCAGGGCCCACACCGGGGAGAAGCCCUACCACUGCAACGAGUGCGGGGAAAACUUCAGCCGCAUCUCACACUUGGUGCAGCACCAGAGGACGCACACGGGCGAGAAGCCGUACGAGUGCACCGCCUGCGGGAAGAGCUUCAGCCGGAGUUCCCACCUGAUCACGCACCAGAAGAUCCACACCGGCGAGAAGCCCUACGAGUGCAGUGAGUGCUGGCGAAGCUUCGGGGAGAGGUCGGACCUGAUUAAGCACCAGAGGACGCACACGGGAGAAAAGCCCUACGAGUGUGUGCAGUGUGGAAAGGGGUUUACACAGAGCUCCAACCUCAUCACACAUCAGAGGGUUCACACCGGAGAGAAGCCUUACGAAUGUACCGAAUGUGAUAAGAGCUUUAGCCGGAGCUCGGCGCUUAUUAAACACAAGAGAGUCCAUACUGACUGAGUCCUGUCAUCCUGAGUAAGAAAGGACUCAUGUGAAGGUGCAGUCAUAUUUGAUAUCAGUGAGCUUCCUUAAGCCUGGCUUUCCUUGUCAGGGGCCACGGCUUAAAACACGGAAGAAGACAACCCUUUUGAAAUUCCGACCCACAGCUUUGGGGAUGUUAUCCCCUCCUCUGAAAUAGUUAUUUUUAUUCACUGGUUAUUAUGUGAGUCGCUUCAUCAAAAUCAGCCCCCAUCCCAAGUCAGUUGAAAACUGAAGGCCAGAGGACAAGAUGGUGGAUGCUUGGGCCUGGAGAUGGAGUAGAUCUUUCAAGUUUUGUUCUCUCCUGUCUUUGGCCCAAAAAGACUGCAGUGGGAAUGUAGGACUGAGACAGGGUGGUCGCAGCUGCUUUGGCAGAAGGCAGGCAGACUUGUCCUGGGUUGCCACUGUUCACACACUGCAGUAGCUGGGCUCAUGCACUUCCCUUCCAAAGGGCUUUUCCCCUGAGUGGCCCAGAUUUGUAUCUUGCCAUCUUGCAUACAAGAUUCUGCACGCUGAAGGCAGUGAUCACGUCGUUUCUCCUUGUUUCUCCCCCGUGUUUCUCCCUCAGGAUUAGCUUGCAUGUUUUUGAAAGCUACCUGAAGAUACAAUGUGAAGGGGAAAAGGAGGUGCAGGUUUGAGGACCAAGGGCCCAUGGAUGGUGGUGACCUUAGCCAGAGAUAGCCAUUGAUGCUGUCAUUAAUCAGGUUUACAUAUUUUCUUCAGCAAUCACUUUAGGGAUCAUAGUCUGGAAGCUGCCUUUAGGAAAGGCAGGACUGUCUGUCAGUGAUGAUGGGAGUAGGCAGUGAAUUGAGCCCUUCAGGGAAGCGGGCACAGAACCCUUCCCCGGGAACGUCUGUCUUCUCUGCCAUCUAACUUUUCAGAUCACUGGCCCUGUCCUGCUGACUGUAGGGCUUGCUAGAGCCCCACCCCAGUCUUUACCUUAGCUUGCAUAAAGCAUGUGUAUGUACAGUGAAAUGUGUAUUCUAGCAGAGACCGAAGUCAUAAGAAUCAGCAUGUUUUUGCGUGAUGUAGAUCAUAAGAUAGAACUGUAGACAUAACCCCGGUGUGAGAAAUGUCCUUUAUUUUUCUCUUGUUCCGGGAAAAAAAUUGAAAACUAGUGCCAGGCGUGCUCUCCUGUGAAGUUUGGUUUUGUAUAGAACUAAACUCUUGUUUGUAUAUGCCUAUCAAUUGUGAGAUAAUGACUAGACAGUUAGGUCUAUUGUCCUUUCUCAGACUGAAUUAUCUUCUCCUGUGAUGAAAACCUCUUUGGCACCAUCAGAAGAAACGAAUAAAUCUAAAGAGGAAUGUGU